CUCGAACAGUACGUCCACGAGCCUCAUAAAUUGAACCACCAACCACACCAAUAGAGCACAACACCACCACCCAAGCUGCACAAACCAACCGGCAGAAAUGUGGAACCCCAAGCCCCUCCUCCUCGUCAUCUCGCUCUGCAUCUCUGCCUUGUCACCAUGCACAGCGGCCACCGGCGGCAAGCCCCUGGUCACGGCCGUCACCAAGGACGCGGCCACCUCCCUCUACACCGCGCCCCUUAAGGACGGCCGCCCGCUCGUCCUCGACCUCUCCGGCCCGGUGAUCUCGCUGACGACGUGCUCCUCCAAGAACGGGACGGUCACGACGCUCUCCUCCAACGCCACGAACGGCGCGAACCCGCUGUUCCCGGUGUCCUUCUCCGCCGUGGCCUCCUGCGCGCCGGGGCAGCCUAACCUGCCGGCGGGCGCCGUCGGCGUCGCGGGGCUCGCGCCCUCGACCCAGUCCUUCCUCGCUCAGGUCGCGCGCACGCAGAAGGUCGCCAACAAGCUCGCCCUCUGCCUCCCGAGCGACGGCAAGAUCACGACCGGCAACAGCGUGGGCGUGGCCAUCUACGGCGGGGGUCCCUUGAUCUUCCCGGACCGGGGCGACUUCACGACGAUGCUCGCCGGCACGGCUCCGCUAGUCGGGUUCAACGGAUCCCCCGGGUACUUCAUCUCCGCCACCGGCAUCGCCGUGGAGCAAAGCCUCGCCGGCAACCCCGGGACGCUCGUGGUCGGACUGAGCACGACGGCCCCGUACACGGCGCUCCGCCCCGACGUGUACGACCCGUUCAUGAAGGCAUUCGACCAGGCCGCGACCGGAUCCAACUUCCCGUGGAUGACGAGGGUCGCCUCCGUCGCACCGUUCGAACGGUGCUAUGACUCGACGAAACUGCCGCCGACGAGGCUCGGCUACGCCGUGCCGCAGAUAGAGUUCGUCCUCAAGAGCGGGAGCAACUACUCGGUGGUGGGCGGCAACUCCAUGGUGCAGGUGAACGUCAACACGGCCUGCCUCGGGUUCGUCAAGGCGUCCGGCCAGGCGCCGGCGGCGAUUAUCGGUGGGUUCCAGAUGGAGAACCGCCUGCUGGUGCUCGACGCGGAGAAGAAGACCCUCGGCUUCACCACGUUCCUCAACGGGGUAGGGCUUUCAUGCAGUAACUUCAAUUUCACCCUUGCCGCCUAGUGGGUCGGUGAAUCUCGAUCCUGUACUGUAUUGUAACAAGAACUUUCGCUGUGUAUCAAUAAAUUGGGAAUAAAUUGGAGUGUUCCAGAAUUGAUCAUA